AUGUCGUCCAAGAUCAGCUCUGCUAGCGUCCGUGAGGAGGUCAACAAGUUGCUUGCUGCCUCCGAAACCAAGAAGCGUAACUUCCUCGAGACCAUCGAGCUCCAGAUUGGUCUCAAGAACUACGACCCCCAGCGUGAUAAGCGUUUCGCCGGUACCAUCAAGUUGCCCAACGUUCCCCGUCCCAACAUGACCAUCUGUGUCUUUGGUGACGCCGUUGACUGCGACCGUGCCAAGUCCGUUGGUGUUGAUGCCAUGUCCGUUGAGGAUCUUAAGAAGCUCAACAAGAACAAGAAGCUCAUCAAGAAGCUCGCCAAGAAGUACAACGCCUUUGUUGCUUCUGAGGUUCUUAUCAAGCAGGUCCCUCGUCUUUUAGGUCCCCAGCUCUCCAAGGCUGGUAAGUUCCCCACCCCUGUCUCCCACAACGAAGACUUGGGUGCCAAGAUCACCGAGGUCAAGUCCACCAUCAAGUUCCAGCUUAAGAAAGUCUUAUGCUUGGCUGUUGCCGUUGCCCACAUCGAGAUGGAGCCCGAUCAAAUUGUUUCCCACAUUAUGAUCGCUACCAACUUCCUUGUUUCUUUGCUCAAGAAGAACUGGCAGAACGUUGGCUCUUUGGUCAUCAAGUCCACCAUGGGCCCUCCUUUCCGCCUUUACUAA